AUGGCUUCCAUAACUACCGGCGAAUUAAGAACUGUUCGAAAUAUUAUCCUCAAUCCUGAUUUAACAGUUCAGCAACACAUUGAUACAAUUAACAAAUAUACCGCCAAUGUAUACUCGAAAGCUCUUCACUCGUUGACAGAAUAUAAUGUCGCCGUAUCCGCAGCAACCAAAGCUCGAGCUGUCGUAGCAUUAUGGGCAACAAAAAAUUUCAAAGAAGUCGAUGGAAUAGUUCCAAACCUUCUUCCGGCCGAAAUGUUUAAACUUUGUCAAAUUCUCGAUGCACCAAGAAAAGCUCGACAAUUACAAAAGAAACUUGACCGUUUCCAAGCUCACAAUUUCAACGUAAGAGCCACCAAAAAAAGUCUUAUACAAUCGGAAAUAAAUAACUACCGACAAGAUAUGCAUGCGUGUUCUUUGACAAGUUCAUUUCAGAAAAGAAUCAAAAAGUGGGUUGGCUCUUUUACGAAGGAAAAAUUGGAUUUCUUUAUAUUGAGCUUCGCAAAAGAUCCUUGGAAGGAAUUGGCGGAUCUCGCUCAUUUAAAAGCAUCCGAUUUUCAAGCGUCUUAUUUCCUUCCAAUUAUGUACGGAGGUCAAGCGCCUCCGGAUAGUUCCAUUGCAGCAUAUAUGAAUAUCAAUAGUGAGAAUCUUGAAAAUGUAUUAGCUGAACAUCCUUAUUUGGCUGAAUGUUACUCAUACAUAAGACAAAAAAUUAAGAAUAAUGAACUUACAUUAAACGAUACACAUAAAAGAAUUCUCGCCAAACGUGCACCAUUAGAAGAUGUUUUAUGGUAUUACGAAGAACUCACGUGUUCAGCAGCCGACGAAGAAAUCGCAACUCGACUAAAUGAUCGCGAGCCUCUGAUCUCCGUGCACGGAAGGUCCAAUUACUCGAAAUUGAUGGAAAGAAUUCUAACCUUCCGUAAAAUGCAAUCAAGCUUCGUCGAUCAACUGAUCUCUUACGCUGACGAAAAAUUGUCUGUAAUCCAAAUUCCGGAAAGUGAACAGCAUAGAGUUGCUGUUUUUGGCGAUUGUUCAGCAUCAAUGGAUGUUGCGGUUCAAGUGGCCACAAUCAUUGGAUCAUUAUUAUCAGUUUGUUUGAAAGCGGAUUUGAAUUUUUUCAAUAGUGUCCUCAUCAAUCCUCCGAUUAUUCCUCGCACAGCUAGUGAGGUACUUACAGUCACCGAAGCGAUCCGAGCAUCAAACGCAACAGCACCUGCCGCGUCAUUAUAUCCUUACUACGCUGAUCGAAAACCAAUAGACAUAUUUAUUGUGGUUACCGACGAAGAAGAAAAUACGAACUGUAAUGGUUACAGAUUUGCACCUCUCUUCAAAAAGUAUCGUGACGAGAUCGUUCCGCAUGCCCAGGUUUUCUUUGUCAGUUUUCUCGAGGGUACAAACGAGGGAGAAAUGAAGCAAAGUUUGGCUACGGAAGGAAUUACCGACAUCAAACAAUUUCGCUUGGAUGGUCGACGACCAGAUCUAAGUAAAUUUGAUGAGUUAUUGGGUAUGUUAGCGAUGGAACUGGCCGUUCUUUCCGAAACCAAGAA